UCACAGUUCAGAUUCACAUGUUGUUGAAUCUCAAGAUAAGUGUUCCUUCGUACAUGUGGCAUCUAUGUGUCCUAUCUCAAUUAAGAGACUCUCUCACAUAAAUCGUCACUUCACUAAUCACUCAUCACUCAUCACUCACAGUAGCACAGGAUCAGUGUCUCUCUUGCUCUCAGAAAACAACUGAGAACAAUAUUUCCUUCACACCCAUCAAUGGCUUUCUCUUCUAAACUUGACAGCUUCAUCCUCUCUGCCUACAAAUCGCAAAACUCCACUGCCCCACUUUCAAAAAUCCAACCUUCCUCAUUUCUCCCAUGUCCUUCUUCCUUGAAGCCUCAAAAGCUUCCCUUCAGAAUUCGCUACGAUUCAACCAUCCGAGCCACGUCAGCACCCUCAUCCCCUUCCACAGCCAUUGCCGAACCUGAAGGCAUUAAGAUUAAUUCGAUUCCAACCAAACCCUUUGAGGGACAAAAGACUGGUACCAGUGGGCUUCGGAAGAAGGUGAAAGUGUUUAUGCAAGAAAAUUACCUUGCAAAUUGGAUCCAGGCCCUGUUUAACUCAUUGCCUCCAGAGGAUUACAAGAAUGGUUUGUUAGUGUUGGGAGGUGAUGGUCGAUACUUCAAUCUGGAAGCUGCACAGAUCAUAAUCAAAAUUGCUGCUGGAAAUGGUGUUGGAAAGAUUCUGGUCGGAAAGGAAGGUAUUUUGUCAACACCAGCUGUUUCUGCAGUAAUAAGAAAGCACAAGGCAAAUGGUGGAUUUAUUAUGAGUGCAAGCCAUAAUCCCGGUGGACCUGAAUAUGAUUGGGGUAUUAAGUUUAAUUACAGCAGUGGACAACCUGCACCAGAAUCCAUCACUGACAAGAUUUAUGGAAACACUUUGUCGAUCUCUGAGAUAAAGAUAGCUGACGUUCCUGAUGUUGACUUAUCGAAAGUUGGGGUUACAAAGUUUGGAAGCUUCAGUGUGGAAGUAAUAGACCCAGUCUCUGACUAUCUGGAGCUACUGGAGACAGUAUUUGAUUUUCAGCUAAUCAAAGGACUUCUUUCACGUCCAGAUUUUAGGUUUAUAUUUGAUGCCAUGCAUGCAGUUACUGGUGCUUAUGCUAAACCCAUCUUCGUUGAUAAACUUGGUGCAAGUCUGGAUUCAAUUUUUAAUGGAAUUCCUUUGGAAGAUUUUGGACACGGCCAUCCUGAUCCUAAUCUAACAUAUGCAAAGGAUCUUGUAAACAUUCUGUACGCUGAAAAUGGACCUGAUUUUGGAGCUGCCAGUGAUGGGGAUGGUGAUAGAAAUAUGAUUCUAGGAAGAAGUUUUUUUGUAACUCCUUCAGACUCCGUAGCAGUUAUUGCAGCCAAUACAGAAGCAAUUCCAUACUUCAAGAAUGGCGUGAAGGGUCUUGCUCGAUCAAUGCCCACAAGUGGUGCUCUUGAUCGUGUUGCUGAAAAACUGAACCUCCCUUUCUUCGAGGUCCCCACUGGUUGGAAAUUUUUUGGAAAUCUUAUGGAUGCUGGGAAUUUGUCAGUUUGCGGGGAAGAGAGUUUUGGAACAGGUUCUGACCACAUUCGUGAGAAAGAUGGCAUCUGGGCUGUCUUAGCUUGGCUUUCUAUUAUUGCACAUCGUAACAAAGACAAGAAGUCGGGAGAGAAAUUGAUCUCCGUAUCUGACGUCGUGAAGGAGCACUGGGCAACUUAUGGAAGGAAUUUCUUCUCAAGAUAUGACUACGAGGAAUGUGAAUCUGAAGGCGCCAAUAAGAUGAUAGAAUACCUACGAGAUAUUAUAUCCAAGAGCAAGGCUGGUGAUAAGUAUGGAAGUUAUGUCCUCCAGUUUGCAGAUGAUUUUACAUACACCGAUCCUGUAGACGGAAGUGUGGUAUCAAAACAAGGCGUUCGGUUUGUUUUUACAGAUGGCUCAAGGAUUAUAUAUCGUUUAUCAGGAACUGGUUCUGCAGGGGCAACUGUUAGAGUGUACAUCGAACAGUUUGAACCAGAUGUUUCUAAACAUGAUGUUGAUGCUCAAAUUGCCUUAAAACCAUUAAUAGAUUUGGCAAUAUCCGUGUCAAAGCUCAAAGACUUCACAGGGAGGGAGCAACCUACUGUGAUCACAUAAUGGACAAUUCCAGCACCACUUAAUCAAGUUGCGAUGCGUAUCAAGAUGUGGUCUAAGUUGAGUUCAUACGCAGGUUGUUUGUUACACGUGUAUCCAUAUCAGAGCUCGCUCGAGUUCAGAAGCAUAUGGUUGUUAAAAAUUUUUGGAGAGAUAGGUCCCUUGUAAAAUAUGGUACUUAUGUUUAUGUGCAAAAAACGAUGCACCGUUGUGCGACAAAACAAUAAUAAUGGUAACGAUUUUCUGCUCUAA